GACGACGACGACGACGGAUCGCAUCCGCGCACGCUACGUUUCUUCUCGUCGUCAGUCGUCUCGUCUCCGUUCGCUCGAGAAAGAGGUGUCAUCGAGCUGAAAUUAAAUUUCAACCUUGUCAACGUGGACAUCAAUUUUCCGCUUUGUGAUUUCCUCGAGAUUUUUCGCGUCGCGAACGUGAGAGUGACGGCGCCCGGCUUUGCGGAUGACUUGUCUCCGGGAUGAUAUGAAUAUUUUACUGUACGAAUGCUUCGCUUAUCGGGAACGCGGCUGAGAGCGAGCACCGCAGCGCGGGUAGCGAAGCCGCGACGGUGGUCAGAGGUCUAUAAUUAACCGUGGAGGAAGCGUCUGGCAGCGGAACAAAGUACUAUAUCUGCAAGAGCUUCGAGUCCACAAGUGGACUAUCGGUGGAUGAGCAACGCGAAGGGAAAAAGAAGGAAGGAUGCGGCUUGCACAUCGCAAUAAACGUCGCAUUGCGAACGACUAGGCAGAUUUACGGAUCGAAGCGAUCCCUGGGCCACUCGUCGAGGGAGGAUCGUCGACAAACGGCGUUAAUAAGUCUCCGCGGAAUAAUGAACUUCUUGAAUCUGGGUGGCAGUUGUGCGGAAACUGAGCGGAUCAACCACGGAACUUGAAGCGGUGAACCGUGCGGUCGUUCGGAAGGAUAACUUUCUUAUUGGUUUCCCCGUGCGCUCGCGAGAAGUCGCGCCCCCGUCGCCCGGUAUGAAUUUUGCGGCGCGAGGCGUGUUACAGAGCGGCAAUCGGAAUUAACCGCGUGACUCAUUUCGGAGAAGUGAUAUUCUGAGCGACACCUCGGUCACGUUUUACGAGCGGAGUAAUUCCACCGCGGAAGCUAAAUUAACGGCUUCGCGUGCGGCCUCUCGUUGGCGGCGCUACAUCGGAAAACGACGACGAGGACCCCGAUGAUUAAGGGGAAAUGAUUAAAGCACUCGGAUGCUGGUACCCGAGAGAGAACGCGUCGCCAGGCACGUCCUGAUCCGCGAUUAGGAGGAGGUCGAUCGAUCCCGGGGAUUAACGCCCCGCGAGUGUCAAACGAGCCGCGACAGGAACAUCAAUACCCUAAUAAAUGUCACUCGCACGAUCGAUCGGCGCCUUUUGCCAGCCAUGACGUAAAGAGAGGGCGAUUUAACAUCGACGAGGGUCAACGGUGUCGAGAGCGGCUGUCGGGAUCGGCUGUCCACGUUCGUAGGCAGAUACCGAUCUCCUGUGCGGGCGCGUCAAAGUUCGUGAUCCUGACACCGUUCAGCGGGCUGGUCCCCUACGGUUAUGCAUGCGGAUGGAGGAUGAGCCGCGGUGCGUGAGGGAGAGAGGCGGACGCUUCUAAACCGAUGAGAUGACAGUGCUGUGCGUGCUGUGGGCUACUCUGUCCACCGUGGCCUCGAUCUUGGCGUGCUCUGGGUUUUACCUGCCUUACUGGAUCCAGGGACGACUGCUGGGAAAGGCGGACGCGUACUUCAGUUCCUUUCGGCGUUGCAACUAUCCGCGAAUCAGGGCGCCCAACGCCACGCCCGAGAUAGUUUACGAGUGCGCGAGGUACUCCAGUUUUUGGGACAUACCGAGUGCUUGGUGGCAAGCGAGCACAGUCACGAUGGGAAUCGGUGUCGCGAUCGCAGUGAUCGGGGCCUUGACGCUUCUAGCAGCGGCGUCUUCAUUCCUCCCGCAUAUACUCAAGACGCCGAAGCACACGAGGAUUUUAGGAUCCUUACAAUUAUUCGCUGCAGCGAUGAUAUGCGGCGGCCUAGUCAUGUACCCGAUAGGCUGGGAUAAUCGGGAGGUACGCGAAUCCUGCGGGAAGGGGGCCAACGUUUACAAUCUCGGGAAGUGCUCGGUGUCCUGGUCGAGUCACUUGCUGGUUGGCUCGGUGGCGUUGCUGAUGCUGUGCUUCGGCCUGAGCUUCUGCGCGGCGCGACACAAGCCCGACGCGAAUACGCACACGGAUCCCCUGCGCAUUUGACAAUCGAGGUACUCCCAGUCGAUACAUGCCUACGCCUCGCCGAAGACGACCACACUCUCCAUCGUCACGGUCUGUUGAUCGCGCGCGCCUGUUGCGUGCACGCGCCGUACGUACGUGUGUUGUACGCGGCCCGCCGUCCGCGAAGCCGGACAUACAUGUAAUCGCGCGCACAGACGCGAAUUCCGCGCGUUGCAGAAUCUCCGGCGCGUUACGGUGCGCAUGAAUCGCAUUCUCAUUGCGCGUGCACGUGUAUUUUUUAAGCCGGGCGAGAGCACCAAUUUUUUCGCAUGUUUCGCGACGGUCCAACACGUGGAACCAACACCUUCUACAAGCGCGAGUAGCUACCGUUAACGCGUUGACGUUGACUCGCACUACCCAGCGAGACGUAUUUAACAAAUGAGCACAGCGAUCUUGUAGCGUUCGACGGAUGAAACGAUUAACGACUCGAGUGAAACUCGAAUGGGGAGGUAGAUACGAGUCGACAGCUCGAAAGGAUAUUAAUCUUUGGUUCGUCGCGUCAUAGCGAUCCGCAGCGAUCUAAACUCAGCGGACAAGCAUGCUUCUCUAGAGAGAUCUGCUAUCUUGGACGGAACAAUAAGGGUCUGCGCAGAAUAGCUGUCUUAUACUCUCAAGACAACCUUAAGACAAUGUUUUAUGUUUUAAGCCUUUGUUUUGAGGUAACGCACAAUAACUGUACGCUAUGUCUUAUGUCUUCAGAGUACAAGACAGCCAUUCUGCUC